AUGGCCGUCAGAGGAGGAAAUCAAGUUCGCUAUAUUGCUUCUGGGAUAUCUGAGAAUACGUUGGAGGGAGAACCGGUCCACAAACCCGCCGUGGAGCAGGAAGUCGACAAGCGACCUAUUCACGCUGUUAUCUCUGCAUUUGACUUGUUUUCUAUCGGAGUCGGUCCAAGCAGCUCUCAUACUGUUGGUCCUAUGCGCGCAGGGAGGAUAUUCGUGCACGACCUCAAGCAAUAUGGCCUCCUCGAGAAAGUUCAUAGCAUCAAAAUCACGCUUUAUGGAUCUCUAGCCGCCACAGGAAAGGGACACAUGACACCUCAAGCGGUUCUUCUCGGACUCGAAGGCUCGGAUCCAGAAACAAUCGAAACCGCCACCGUCGACUCGAGAUACACCUUUAUUCGUGAUCAAAAGAUCCUGAAUCUCGCAGGGAAACACCGGAUACACUAUGACAUGGAUAGGGACAUGGUCUGGGUCCUUGAAGCCUUGCCCACGCAUCCAAACGGAAUGCGUUUCGCCGUCUUCGACGAGAAUGGCGAUUUGCUGGCGACAAACGAAUAUUAUAGCGUUGGAGGCGGUUUCGUAGUCAAUGAGAAGACGAAAGUGGAUGAGAACUUGUAUUACAUGGGCGUUGACAAAUCCAAGGUGGAUCCGGCUCGUCGCUCUCAACUCCACGAGACCGAGGAGGGGACAGACGAAUACAAGGGCACAGCGACUCAACCGCCAUAUCUGUUUAGCUCGGGCGACUCUUUGCUUGCUAUGACGAAAAAGUAUAACAUGACCAUCGCACAAUUGGUUUAUGACAACGAACGCCAUUAUCUUUCCGACGAUCAAAUCAAUGCAAAGCUCAUGCGUAUAUGGCAAGUUAUGGAUGAGUGUAUCAGAUCCGGCGUUUCGACAACGGAGCGCGUACUCCCUGGCCGACUCGGAUUGAAGAGGCGUGCACCUAUGCUGUAUCAACGACUGAUGAGAGGUUUUUAUCCUGGACUCUACUCGAGCACCUCCCAACCAGCGAUUGGGGCUGGCUCCAUAGGCAGUUCGAUGGCCAUCAAUUCUCCAGCAGACAUGGAACCACUCAAUGGUUCCACCUCUGCAUCUAAUGGAGAUACGAAUGGCGCGACCAAUCUCAAGUCUAGAGCAAAAGGUCCCAGAGUCGUUGGCGCCUUUGAUCACCCCGUUCUUCCAAUGCCUCCGAAACGUACGCUGUUCCCCAACAUCGACUUUCUAUCCUGCUAUGCCAUUGCGGUCAACGAGGUCAAUGCAGCCGUCCAAAUAACGACAAUUAGUACAUCUCCCACGAAUGGAGCAGCAGGCGUGAUACCGGCUGUCCUCAAGUACACGCUCGAAUUCAUUAGCGAUGAUGUUGAAGGCACCGUCAAAACUUUUCUGCUGACAGCCGCAGCCAUCGGUAUGCUGUUCAAGCGAGGCUCAACUAUCAGUGCAGCUGAAGGUGGAUGCCAAGCGGAAGUCGGUGUCGCCUGUAGCAUGGCUGCUGGUGCAUUUGCCGCCGUCCUUGGCGCAUCGCCUGCAGUCAUUCUCCAGAGCGCUGAAGUGGGCAUCGAGCAUAAUUUGGGACUUACAUGCGAUCCGAUAGAUGGUCUUGUUCAAAUACCAUGCAUCGAACGCAACAGUCUAGGUGCAGUCAAGGCGAUUACGGCGGCUCAACUGGCUAUGGCGACAAAUGCGGAGCAUUAUGUCUCGCUCGAUGAGGCCAUCGAGGCGAUGCGUUUGACGGCCGCGGACAUGUCCGUUAAGUACAAGGAAACCUCUCUGUCCGGGCUUGCGACCACUGUCAAGAUUCCGCUUACAUCACCCGCGUGCUAA